CUUUCACCACCACUACCCGCUUUUUUUAAGAAUCAACAAGACGCACAUUUGACGCUGUACAUGUUUCUCGAUUUGUGUUUCUUACAUUUAAUGUUUAAUGUCUUCAGACUCAUAAAACGAGUUGAAAAAGAAACGAGCGUAAUUAAGAAACCCACGGCAGGUGGCGCCUCGUCGCAAAAUUUGUCACUAUGCCUCCCUAUCACCUGCCACGGAUGAUUUUGUUGACCACCGUCGCUUCUCCAAACAAUUGCACGUGCGGACAUCACCGAACAACUACGGCGUACCAUGUUAGUCAUAUUAUUCUGUGGAAAAGCAGCCGAAUUCAUACAGAACUCACCGAUAAAAAGACAGAGAAUUCGUUCGUUGAAGCUGGUGUAGAAAUUGGUGAUGCUGUGCCCAUUGGUCUUUCAGAUGACAUGAGUGAAACGUUGCAUCUUGUGACUAUGGAACCGGAAAUGCAUAUGGUUGGCCAUAAUAGACCAGCACACGUGGAUUGCGGUGACGUAAUAGAAAAGCUGUCAAAGAAAGUGAACGCUGAUUGUGUGGGUAUUAAGAUGCUAUUGCAUCAUUGCCGCAAACUGCGAAGAAAGAGAGAAACGCUGUUUCAAAGUCACCGGUCAAAUAUGGAUUGCAUUAACAAAUCUGUUCAGAAAACGAACAUUGACAUAUUAGACGAUGCAAAUGAAGGCGAAUCUCUAGAAAUUUGGGUUGAUGUGUUUGUUGGCGAAGCGCUUACAACGAUAGUUAAUGCGUAUCAUGAAUUAAACAAGAAUCAGGUCACACAUUACGAAAUCGUAGAUGAACCAGACCUAGAUCAGUUUGCUCAAACAUUGGUUGUGGAGACCAUAUCAGACAUUCAAUUGAAAUGUGGGCGCUCGCCAAACACAACUUGGAUCACCGAAUCGCACGACCAAAAUGACACUGAAGUCUGUAAUUCAAUAUAUCCAGGCCAACUUUUAUUUCUGAAAGAUUUAAACAAUGAUGGCCAUCUAAAUGAGAAAUGUGUCUCAGAUUAUGUGGAUGAUAUACUAGAGAAUAUCGCCAAUGAACUGCUCGGGGUGGGGAUUGACAACGAAUUUGAGGACUUUGAAUUCGUAGAGUGGAAAGAUGAACACCGCGAAUAUCAGUAUGUUGGAGCGUACACGAUUGAAGUAGAACACGAAUCUGACAGUGAUUCUACAGAAUGGAGCUGCGAUGAAUGGCCUUUUAUUGAUAUUCAUGUUUAAUAUACGUAACAAAUAUGUUUUCUGUUUGUGCCAAAUAAAAGAUAUCGAUGACAUUCA